UUCCUGAUGCACUUCUGGUGUCUACCGGAUGUUGCUGAGGAACAUAGAAGCGCAUUACAAGUAGAGGAUCGAGCCCAGCAAAAUGUGUUUGUAAAGUGCAGGUGGAAACGUUGGAGUGGAAAGAGUUGUCUACAGUCUCCUUAUAGUCUCUGUUGAUGACAAGAGAAGCCCAGCCUAGGUUUUUUCUUAGUGUUCUUGCUGUUUCUUCCCAAAUUGUGGACCAUGAUGGAUCAAAGAAGAGCCUUAACUAUUCCAUUUAAUGUUGACAAGGAUAACUUGGUGGAAAACCCACUCAAAAUCGCCAUGCCAUGUCUUUCAUCAGAGUGUGGGAAGUUAGAAAGACAGGUUUCCUGGACUGCAUUUGCAGGUUUUAAACGCAAACAUGGGGAUUCACAGCAUAAAAACGGAUCAAUGCUGUUUGAUCACAAGCACGCGGCCAGGGUCACUUUGGAAAUGGCCAGGAGGAAGCCCCGUCUGAUCCUCACCGAUGUCCUAGAGACUGAACCGGGCAAGGCUUAUAUGAAAAGAACAAAACUGAGUUGUAACUCGGGAAAGCAAGGACGGGUGUCAAGUGCACAGAGGGAGAGUGGUCGAUGCAGAGAGGAACCCCUGAUCUGCAAAGACAUGAGGUCCGGUCAGAGGGAGGCUGAUACAGACAAGAGUCUGAGCCCUAAAUGCAACCAGAAGACCAUAUCCUCGCCCUCUCCAAGGUCAAGACUCCGGAGAAAGUCACAAAAUAUUGAUGACGAAGAGGACGUGGAAGAAAAAGAUAUCGAGGAGGUGAUAAUAGGAAAGAACAACGAAGACGACUUCAAAUUCGCUGAAGUUGUAGAUUGUGGGUUGUCAGUGAGAUGGGAGCCUGACGACGAUACAGGAAGUUGUGAUGAGUUCCCGCCACCCAGCGUCAAGGACAGGUUGACUGAUCCAGAAAAGAAAGGACAACACAGUGUGAAGAAGCAAAGAAAGGAUGCAACGUCCCAGUGCAACGGAACAGGCAGCCCCAAACGCCACCGUGAGAGUGUGCUUCGCCUCACCAGAGAAGACGGAAGAGACGGAGGACAGUCGCCUGCACCUAUUUGUCUGGAAGAAAACAGAGAUUCGGAGGGCUCGGACCGUACCAUUGUACAGUUCACGGUGGGAGCAGAGGAUCAAACGGAAGUUCUGAUGCCAAUCGUCCGCCCUCAUUCGGAGGUCGGAGACUCUAUUACCACCCCCAGAAAAAGUCUUUCGUCUAGCCAGGACAACGCGACGACACCCGUCCCCUCUGAACCCAUUGUGCUGUCCAGUGACGAUGAGGAGAGCGGUGACGCUGUCUCUGUGCGAGACGCAGUCAUACAGCCACAAUCCCCUCAGGAAGCUGAGGCCAAAGAGCCAGAAGCUUCUGACCUACAGGACAUGCAGGUGUUGCAUGUAGUUGUAGAUGCUUCUCCCAACCCCACUAUAGACUACUCUUUCUCCACGCUGCACUGUGGAGGUUACCAAGGGAAAGCCAAUGGAGACAUCAUGAUCGCAGACCAAGAAAUCAUCAUUCCACUGAAAGACGCUGAUGAACAGGUGGAGGUGACGCUAACCCUGAACCGUAAAGACAUGAGGAGGUACAGCGUGUGGGAGCAGCAGGAACUGGAGGACCGGGAGUUUCACUUCAACAGCGACGUGGAGCCUUUCCCUGCCGCCAUCCUUCUGUUCUGUGUGUCGGAAACUGCUGCAGCUGCCGUACAGCGAGACCUCCUCAAGCUGUGUGCCAAACAAGAUGGAAUCAGGAGCACUGACACGGUGAGCCCGUUUAUCCUGCUGACGCUGAGACAUCCUGUGGAGGGAAUGGAGGGGGCUUUAUUGCGCUCCUUCCUGGACAUUGACUGUCUCAACAGUCUGGCACAUGAAUCCAUCCACGGGGCAGACACAAUUUUUAGUUUGGAAGACUUCCACACUCCUGUUCUUUCUCUGGAUGAUAGCAUAGACCUGAUAAGAAGAACUGGACUGGACUCUCCCCUGCUGACUCUGCUGGGCCUCGAGAGCUCUGACCCACGUUCUGAUACAGACGAAAACACCCCGCCACACAUCCAGUGGGAGGCUGAUUCACAGGAAGAGACGGUACUGGAGCUAGAGACGGCAACAGAACAAAGCACGGGGACAAAACUCAAACCAGAGGAGGAUCGCAAAGAAGAAGAGCUGGAACAGCCUUCUAUGAAGAAGAAGAAGGAGGAGCCUGCUCCCGUAUACACGCUGUGCCAUCGGAGAACCAAAGGAUCUUACCACGUGUCCCUGUGUAAACCAGACUCCAUUUGGACUAAAUUCAAACAUCACGGCCUCGCUCGAAGGUUGAUACAGUUUCCUCCUCCGCCUUUGAAAGGAGGAAUAACCGUCACGUUGGAGGACCUGCAAUGCCUCGACAUCGGGCACUUCCUCAAUGACGUUAUCAUUGACUUUUAUCUCAAAUACGUCCUCUUGAGUGCCUCUGAUGCUGUGGCCGAGCGCUCCCACAUCUUCAGCAGCUUCUUCUACAAGCAGCUGACGCGGAGGGACAACGCCAGUGAAGGCGUUACCAGUGACUCCUGUCAGAGGCAGAGGCGGCACCAUCGGGUGAAGACAUGGACUCGACAUGUGGACAUCUUCAAAAAGGACUUCCUGUUUGUGCCCGUCAAUCAGGAGGCUCAUUGGUAUUUAGUUGUCAUCUGUUUUCCUGGACUGGACGAAACAAAAUCCGAAGCCUGGAGACGUCCGAACUCAGAGGAUGAGACGAGUCAGGGUGGGACGGGAGAGCUUCAGGAACAAGGGUCUCAGAGCCCAAAUUAUAUCACAGAGACGCCACCUACACCACCAACAUUAACACACAGUGACAGUGUGGACACAGAGACGGAAAAGGCUCAAGACAAAUCCACUAAAGACCCACCGCCUGGUCCAGUGAACUGCACAGAGCAGACGUUCCAGAAGAAAACUGUUAGAAAGAGGCCGUGCAUUCUUAUCAUGGAUUCGCUGAAACUUUCUCUUCAUGAGCGAGUCUUCAAACUCUUACGGGAGUACCUGCAGUCUGAAUGGGAAGUUCGUCGCGGUUCAUCGAGGGACUUCAAUCCUGAUCAGAUGCAAAGCUCACACUGCAAAGUUCCCCUGCAGGACAACAGCAGCGACUGUGGCCUCUACUUGCUGCAAUACGUUGAGAGUUUUUUAAAGGACCCCGUGGUGCAUUUUGAUCUCCCUCUACAUCUACAACGAUGGUUUCCACGGCAGCAGGUGCGGAGGAAACGAGACGAAAUCAGAGACCUGGUACUUAACCUUUACAGAGAUCAGAACCUGGACACUGACACAUAGACACGUGAAGAAGCUCUGAUGUUCAGUGCAUUCAUUCCUGUAGCCAUUAUACAUCACUGCUCAUACUGAGCAUGAAUUUAAAAAUAUUUCCUUUGAAAUAUAUAUGCUUUUAUUGUUUUAUGCAUUAACUCGAACAAAACAUGUGAACCUCUGACUAUCUGCGGGUCCUCUGGGUGAACAUGAGGGCAUCAAUUAUGAUAAACGGGGAGCUGUCCAUCCAACUAGUAAGUUUUACCGUAGUUUACAUCCAGACAUGAAAAUGUUUAACACCCCUUGAAUUUUUAGCGAUUGUUUUUUAUCCUGCAAGAUAUUUUAUAAUGUAAUUAUUUCACAUUUAAAAUCAUAGUUAAAUUGUUUUUCAAGUGUAACAAAGGUAAGGUUGUAAACACUUUUUCUUUUGGAGUUUACUUGCUUUUCUGAGACAUUUGAGGUCAUGUGUAUAUAUUUCAGUCUCAGUCAUGGGUUUUCUAAUCAAAGCUGUUCUUAUUCUGAAUUGUUUUGCAUCGGAAAACCGUUAAAGGAUGAACACAGGCAUAGUAUGAAACACAUUUCCUACGUUUCCUGUCUGAAUUUCUUGGGAACUGGUAUCCCAACAUGAAGCAGCGAUGUUUUCCCCAUUGUUGUAUCCCUGUGCCAGAUGGGAGUACACCAGGAUGACUACUCACCUAUCAUUGAAACAAAGCGUUACUGUUCUAUGCUACCAUUUAUCUGUGACAACCCAAAAAUAAUAUUGGGACACAUUAACACCUGAUCAUGGACUAUCAAUACAUGCUACUUGUGUUGAAUUGUAAAUCAUACUUCUGAUAGUCAUAAGGCAUUGAAGUAGUUUGAAGUCUCGUGGGCAUUACCUUUUAUUUAGAUUUGACACACUGAUCCUUUUGAAAGUAGGUUGCGUCAUGUGAACUACUCCGUGUAUAGUUUAAGAAGGAAUAUUUUUGGAACAUAAUGUGGGAGAAGAAGUUCCCCGUCAUGCACAGAAUACUUAUUUAUUCAUUUCAGCGCCACUUACUAUAACUUGUGUACAACAUAUAACACGUUUCAAUCGUUAAUACAACUUGCAAAAAGUUCAGGGGUGCUCAUUUAUUAACAUGUGUGACAGUACGCUCUCAAAUGUAAAGCCUGCCCUGCAGUUUGUGCCUACAUUCUUCUUUUCAGCAGUGUUGAUAGUCUUGUAGAUUUUCCUCCUUUUGUUCAGAUGUUUGUAUCACUUUCAACACUUAAUGUUGUUUUUGUUUUUAGACAUUGUGUUGGAUGAAUGUACAGGAGCUGAUUCCAAAACAUCUUUGGUUUCAAUCGUAUAUUAAAACUAGAAGACCAAAUAACA